CCCAGGGUUUUACGAGGAAAGAACAAAAGGAGGAACUAUUCUGUUCCGAAUUGAUUCUACUAGCAUGAAGUUCCUUCAAUCUCUUAUUGGGCGUGGUGGGUCAUUGGGUCGGGUCUCGGGGCUCCGAUUCUUCUCCGUUUCAACUGAGGAGUAUUCCAAGAGAAACUAUGCCAACAAUGUCGCCGAAUACAACACCGUUUUGGGUUCUCUCACUGCUCAAAGAAGGAAUUUCUUGCUGAAGGAUGUGUACGAUGAUAUGAUGCUUGAUGGGGUGAAGCCUACACGUGACACUUUCCAUUCCCUUGUUGUUGGAACCAUGAAGGGAGCUAGAAUGCAAGAUGCUUUCUUCUUCAUUGACCAAAUGAAAAUCAUGGGUUUGGUCCCUGAUGUAACUUUAUACAACUUUCUGAUUUCAACUUGUGGGAAAUGCAAGAACUCUGAUAAGGCUAUUCAGAUUUUGGAGGAGAUGAAAUGCAUGGACAUAAAGCCAAAUGUACAAACCUACAUCUGCUUGCUACAUGCUUGUGCAGCCGAUGGACGCUUAGACCAAGUGUAUGCAGUUGUCCGUGAUAUGACUGCAGCUGGUCUGGGAUUAAACAAGUUCUGCUAUGCUGGGCUUAUAGUUGCACACAAGAAUAAAACACCUCUUAGUGAUGAUUUUGCUGCAAAAGUUAUUGAGUUUGUGGAGAGGUCAAAGAUAUGGUCUUCAGUAGAAACUGACAGUGGCAAUGCUGAGAACGUGAUGAUGGGUGUUUCAGAUGAGGAGUUAUACAACUUACCAACAGCAGAAUAUGCUCAUAGGCGUGGAGCAUUUUUGGGUAGAAUAUUUACCGCAUAUCAUACUGCAUUUAAUGCUGCUGCUGACCUGAAGAAUGUAGAGUUGACAGAUACACUUUUGGAAAUGCUAGACAAGGACGGGAAAUCUCCUGAUAUCUAUAUUAUGUUGCAAGUAAUUAGGUGCUAUUGUCAUGCAGGAGAUAUUGACCGUGGUCUUCGAACUUUUGAUGACUGUGUAAAUUCAGGAAAGCCUAUUGCUGCAGAACUUUUUACGACACUUGCAGAGGGAGCAAUGGCUGGGUACACUGAAAAAGGAAUGCAAAUAGCUCAAGAUAUUCUGGUAAGGAUGAACGAAAGAAAUUUCUUUGUGAAUUCAAAAAUGGGAAGUGAACUCCUACUUAUAGCUGCUGGUGAAAAGACGGGGGGAUAUACGACUGCUAACUUCAUAUGGGACAUGAUGCGAGCUCGCAAAGUUAACCCUUCAUUUGCUGCAGUAGAAGCAUAUUACCAGGGCUUAAAAGAUCGAGAGAUACCUGAGGAUGAUCCACGACUUCUAUUGGUUUCUCAAACAUACGACAACCUUCGUGCGAGAUUUGGAAACAGGGUGAACUUAAAUGUAUAGGCUUAGGCUUUUCCCUUCAGAAUCCUCAAGUUACUGGAAUUAUUUAUUUGAUUCGUGUAUGAGUUAGCACGUAGAUUCUGUGUGUAUUCACACGGGAUUUUGAUGUUGUCAAGAGUAAGUUGAGCUAAGGGGUUCUGCAUGGAGUAACUUCAGGAGAUUACGUAGGGCAUGUUAUACCCUUUUCCACCAUUUGAUAGUUUACUUUUUUAGUGAAAUAAUUCUUUGUUUCUGAGAAUUAAUACAUGAGGUAGCAUUGCAUGUUAAGUUACCUCGAGU